UUCCCUUUCAGGCGCAGGAUGAUGACGUACCACAACCAGAAGUCGCUGCUAAGGCAACACAGCAGCCUGUUUCCUCUCACUGUAGUCCAGAGGCGUGCGAUGUAUUAACGGCCUUUUCUAGUCACAGCUUUCACGCGAACCUCACGAUGUCUUGGAUUAAAGCCGUUUCCCACAGCGAAGAUGUUUUUGACGAAUACGCGGACGACCUCAGUUUACAAAGCAAAGAGUGGACUUCCAACAUGAAGAAGAGAGUCAGGGACGGUUACGUCGACGGAGUCGAUGCCGGAGAGGACGCCUCGCUCCAGGCCGGUUUCGACCUGGGGUUCAGGGAAGGAGCAGCCCGCACUGUGGCCCUGGGACGGCUCAAAGGCAUCGUGAGCGCCAUAUACUGCUGGUGCCAGAUUCAACAUCCGGAAAGCCCGCCACCGGCCUCCGUGACCGACCUGCUGCAGCGGGUGUCCCAGCAUGAAGACGAAGUCAUGGACGACAUCCGGAGGGCUUUGGAGAAUCCUCCCCCCAGUGUGAGCUCCGUUUCCGACAGCAUUGAGGAUCUGAAGGUGGAGCAGGCGGAUGCCGGAGGAUGUGGAAAAGAAGGAUGUAAAGAAAUGGACUGCUGCAAGAAGGGAGAAAAGAAGGACCCGGACCUGCCUCGUUCCGCGUCCUCUGACGUCCCCUCCAGCUCAGGUGAAGGCCUGAACAGCCUCCGGCUGCGCUGCUUGGAUCUCGUGUCAGAGCUGGAACUGCCACAGGAGCUGAUCGCUCACAUACAGGAGCUGAAGGACGUGUAGCGAUCGAAGAUCAGAAUCGCAGCGGACAAUACUCGGAUGAGCUCAUGCUCUGUGAAACACGACGGGUUUUUAGGGUGAAUUCUUUAUCGCACAGUGCUUUUGAUGUAUAUAAUGUAAGAUGGACCAUUAGCUUUCACAAUUUGUUUAACAUGGAAGAAGAUUUUGUGAAAAUAAAAAUGGACUUGCUAUCA